AUGAAUCUGCACCUCAACCCUCCGAAACGAAGCAAACCAAAGGCUGUUCACGGCUGCUCUGGAGUGAUCAAACACAGCAGAGCGGCGAGGAAAGGCAACAUGGCCGAACCCAAAGUAACCUGGACCUCCCUCCCGCGAAAAGACCAACUGGUCAUCCUGUUCCUCGUCCGCUUCUGCGAGCCUAUCGUCAAGGUCUCCAUCUCCUCCUAUGUCUACUUCCAGCUGCAGUCGCUGGACCCGUCACUCCCAAGCGCUGCCAUCGUCCAACAGACCACGCUGCUGCAGGCUGCGUAUACCAUCGCGCAAUGUCUCGCGAGCAUUUUUCUUGGGAGCGUCGCGGAUUCACCUAGGGGCGGAAGGAAGGUCGUUGUUGUGUUGAGCUUGUUGGGUUCUUUUGUCGCGUGCUCGUUAUUCGGCUUCGUCGCCAGUUUCGAACAGGCCCUCGUGCUGCGCUUCGUCGAGGGUCUGACUAACGGUACUGUUGCCAUGGUCCGGACCAUGACGGCCGAGGUCGUGCAAGAGAAAAAGUUCCAAGUAAGGGCCUUCGUCCUCCUCAACAUCAGCACCAGCUUCGCCAUCAUCCUCAGCGCCCUCGUAGCGGCCGGCACGGUCGAGCUGACGCCCAAGGCCCACGGCAGCGGGUUGUUGACCCGGUAUCCGUAUGCUCUGCCCGCCCUUCUCAACGCUGGCUUCUUGCUGGUGGUGUUGGUGACGGCUGUUUUGUUCCUUGAGGAGACCUCCAAACUCGUCCGCCACAGGUACGACCCCGGCAUCGCUCUGUCACGCUACAUCCUCUCUCGACUCCAGAUGCUCCGGAACCGCGACAGCAAAGAGGCACUGUACUCCCGCGUCGACGAAACUGAGGAACUCGUCUUGCUCGAAGAGUCGGAACUGCCGUCACCACGGCCCGAAACCAAGUCCGUUGCCAGGCUCCCCACCACCCGCAUCUUCACGAAAAACAUGGUGCUGGUCCUCCUCGCGGCCUUCAUCUACGAAGCGCACCUCGGGACCGCGAGCGUCGCUUUCCCGAAUCUCCUCGUGACGCCCGUCUCCAGCCGGGAGGAGGAGGCGCAGCGGCUUCUACCGUUCUUCUUUGGUGGGGGGGCUGGCUUCACUCCUUUGCCCUUGGCUGUGUACUCGGUCAUGUACGGCAUCUUCUCCAUCCCCCUCCAGUUAAUCCUCUACCCACGCCUGUCGCAACGCCUCGGGCCUCUGCACGUCUGGCGGACCUUCUACCUCGCCUACCCGUUUCUCUACUACGCGUACCCCUUCGCAGCCCUCGUCCCUUCCAGCACCCCUCCACCAUCGGGCAAAACGGGAGUCGCAAUCUGGGCCGUGAUAACGCCCAUGCAGAUGCUCACCGCCCUGCUGACCAGCACCGUGUCCCCGUCCCAAACGGUCUUGAUCAACGCGGCGUGCCCACACCCGUCUGCACUCGCCAGGACACACAGCAUUGCGUUCUUCUCCUCAAUGGUCACGCGGGCGGGGAGCACGGCGCUGGCAGGAGCGCUGUUGGGGUAUGGCACGUCGCAUAAUCUGACGGGGUUGCCGUUUUGGGGGUGUGCGGCCAUUGCUAUGCUGGGGGCUUGUUUGAAUCCGUUUCUGAGCGAAGGGACAGGUCAUGAGAUCCGGUUGCCGGGGGAUGAGUAG